CUAGUCAGUCUAGUCAUCAUAGAAUCGCUAUUCAUUAUUCUGCUAAUGAUCACGAUAACUAGUCCUUACACUUCUUUCAAGUUUAACUUUAUUGAUAGUAGCUUCUGCUAGCGGUGCCACCCGCUUCCUGAGGAAACUACAUCCCGCAUCCAAAAAAAAAUUUAUCUUAGGUACCUAUUCAGCCAGGGCUAUCUAAUGGCUGCUACGUCUCAUCAAAUACCGUUGAGCUCAUAAUAGGCGAUUGCACGUGAAGAAGUUACAAUCACACAUAAUGUGAAACACAUUAACUCUCGCCUUUACAAUAUUGGCUGUUCCACGCGGUUUCCCGGUCCCGGGGAAACUUCUUUCCGUACCCGGAUAAAACAUAGCCCAUGUUCAGCGCAGAUUGUGUAGCUGCCUAACAGUGAAAGAAUAAUUGAAGUCGCUUCGGUAGUUCUGGCGCAUAUUCGAUUCCGAUCACUCACUUCAUUGAGGGUUUCGCUUUUAAGGCACCUACAACUAGAACCCGGUUCCAAUUUUGUAAGAAGAAAUCGUUUUUGAAGUGUCUUUAGGAAUGGUAGCUUUUGACUUCUACUGCUUCUACUAGGCGUCAAAGUUAUCAUCCGUAAGUAAAUCGAUUCGUUUCCUAUAAAUAAGAAUCGGGCAUUGCAUUAAACUAGGAUGAACAAGCUGACAGGGAUGAUGAGCUCGUGUUGAGUUGUGGAAGUGGUGGUAACGCGAGCGGCGCGGCAAGGCCCGCGUGACCUCGCGCGUGAGUCACGCCGCGCCACCUGCGCUCAGUGUAGCGCCGCCAGCGUGCACCGCCUGCCGGCUGCCCGCCAUGGAGACACAACCGUGUGGUGUGCGGCGCGGUGAGCGCGCCGGCGCCAUGGCGUCCGUGCGGCGCUCGCACUGCGCGGCGCUCGCGGCGCUGGGCGCGCUGCUGCUGCUGCUGCUGGCGCGCCUGCCGCCCGCCGCGCCGCCGCCCGCGCCCCUCGCGCCGCCCGCGCCGCCGCCCGCCCGCGCCCGCCCGCCAACCACGCAGCCGCCCUCCGAGCCGCCGCCUCCACGCCGCCGCGCCACCGCGCCGCGCGGCCCGCGGCCCGUGCUGACGCGCGACGUGUACGUGGCGGGCCACGAGCGGCCGCACGCCGAGCUGUGCCCCGCGCUGGGCGCGCGCCUGCGCCUCGUGGUGCUGGUGACGUCGGCGCCGGGCCACGCGGCGGCGCGGGACGCCGUGCGGCUCACGUGGGGGCACUACGCGGCGCGGGCCGACGUGGCGCUGGCCUUCGUGCUGGGCGCGCCGCCGCCCGCGCUGCGCGCCGCCAUCGACGCCGAGGACGCGCUGUACGGCGACGUGAUCGUGGGCCGCUCGCUCGACUCCUACUCCAACCUGACGCUGAAGACGCUGUCCAUGCUGGAGUGGGUGGACACGUACUGCCCGCGCGCGCCGCGCCUGCUCAAGACGGACGACGACAUGUUCAUCAACGUGCCGCGCCUGCUGGAGUUCGCGGCGGCGCCGGCGCGGGCCAACGCCUCGCGCACCAUCUGGGGCAAGGUGGUGCGUCGCUCGCUGCCCAAGCGCACCACCAAGUCCAAGUACUACGUGUCGCCGCUGCAGUUCCCGGCGCGCGUGUUCCCCGACUUCGCCACCGGGCCCGCCUACCUCAUGACGGCGGACUGCGUGCGGCCGCUGCUGGCAGCGGCGCCGGCCGAGCGCUACGUGCGGCUGGAGGACGUGUUCGUGACGGGCAUCCUGGCGGCGCGGCUGGGGCUGCGGCGGACGCACGCGCCCGAGUUCUACAACAAGAAGGUGGCGGCGCACCCCUGCGCCGUGCAGCGCGGGCUCGCCAUCCACAUGGUGCGCUACCACGAGCAGUUCGACCUCUGGCGCAAGCUGCUGGACGGCAAGACCAAGUGCGCCAGCUAGUGCGCACCCCUGCACGAACACUGAAUCUCACUUAGAUACGAUUACUUGUACCUAUGACUUUUUUAUAUAAAGUACAAAGUGUUAGCUUAAGCGUCUUUCCGCAGAGGGCUGCGUGGCGCCUCGCUCGCGGCCCGCCGGGCCCCGAGUGCGGGCCCCCGGGCCCCGAGUGCGGGCCCCCGGGCCCCGAGCGACGCGCGGUAGUGACGUUACGUUGUAAUCGAUACACAUUGUACGCGUAUUGUAUUGGGUAACUGCGCGAGCAGUGCAGGUUGUGCCAGAUGUAAAUAAUUAUAUAGUAUGUAUGUUGUA